AAACUCCUGCAGUCUGCUGAGCAUUUUUCCUGAGUGACAGGAUCCUCAGGCUGACAGUUUUGACGGCGAGGUCAAGUGUAGGGGAUCAUAUCAAGUCUGCAGCCUUGGAAACCAUGUAGCGAUGCUGGAUCACUUUUAUUUGUGUUUAUUUGUAUCUUUUUUCACACGUUUUUGGAGACGUAAACGAUGGAAUUUGAGGCAAGACGUCGCAAUGGAGUCCUCUUUCACUGAAGCCCGAGAAUGUGUUUGUGAUGGUGGACAGACUGGGGCCAGUCAUGGAGCCUGAGCUGAACUGCAGCUCUGAGUGUGAUUCCCCACAUUGCCUCAUCCAGGCUGGACUCAGCAGGCAGGAAGGCCAGGACAUCCUACGGAGACUAUGCAUCCUAAACUCGUUGGCAGCAGAGGUCCCAAGGCGUUCCCUCUCUCCUGCGCUCAGAGCGGUUGUCUGGACGAUGCUAUCAUCUGGCAUCCUGUUGGCGUUCUGCUUUCUGGUUUUCACCCUGCGCUUCAAAAGCAACAGGAUAGUGAAGAUGUCCAGUCCCAACCUAAACGUUCUGACUCUCUUUGGAAGUGUCCUCACAUAUAUUAGCGGCUUUCUAUUUGCAAUUGAUGAGCAAGCUCAUAAACAAGCUGACGUUUGUAUUACGUUGCUUCAAGCUCGGAUGUGGAUGCUUUGCAUUGGAAGCACCCUGGUCUUUGGGCCAAUUUUGGGAAAGACCUGGAGGCUUUACAGAGUUUUCACUCAGCGAGUUCCCGACAAGAGAGUGAUCAUUCGAGACAUCCAGCUGAUUGGCAUGGUAGUUCUACUGAUUCUACUGGAGAUUCUGAUUCUCACCACCUGGAAUCUCACAGACCCGGUGAGAUGCUCACGAUCUGUCGGAGCUGUUGCCAAGGCGACUGAGAGAGACACCUCCUACUCUUUGUCACAGCUGGACUCUUGCUCCUCAGAAUACUCAAAUAUUUGGCUCAUCAUCAUUGUUGUUCAGAAAGGUUGCCUCCUCCUUUAUGGCACAUACCUGGCUGGACUCACCAGCAAUGUCAGCCAUCCUCCAGUCAACCAGUCUCCCACCAUCAUUACGGCCGUCACUCUGGUCACCUUUUCCUCUGCUGUGGCCUUCCCUGUGUUCUUCUUCCUACACACCUGGCCCAACCUGGUCUACAGCACUGUAGCUGGAGCCAUCUUCAUCUGCACACUGGCCACUAACUGCAUGCUGUUUGUGCCACAGCUGACCCAGUGGCGACAGUUUGAGGAGGAUCAGAACAACCAGAGUCAGAUGGCCAAAUAUUUCAGCAGCCCCAGUAAGAGUCAGCCAUCUGUCUACAGCCAGGAUGAGAUCUACUUCCUGCUGGGGGAGAACAGCUCAAUGAAGAAGCUCUUGAAUGAGAAGAAUGCUGCUAUUGACAGUCUUCAAGAGCAGGUAAACAACGCCAAGGAUAAACUCCUGAGGCUCAUGACAGCAAGUCAGCCCCUAGGGGACCAGGACGUUGAUUCCUCUGCUGCUUAUUUCAACUCCUCCUCUACCCAGACCACCGAGCUUCAGUCUGAAGGAAGCUCCUCUUCCUGUUUAUCUCAGAGAGACACAAAAUCCAGACUUUUGCCUCCUCCAGCCUCUCAUAAUCUCACUCUGCCUCCCGUUCCCUCAAAUACACUCCGGAUACCUUCCAUUCAAAACUCACUGAACCUCAAUCCUGCUUCUUCCCCCUUUACUGAUGACAUCCUGAGUGGAAGCCGGAAAGAUGUCCCCAACUCUGCAACUAGACAGAAAGCUGAAUCCACAGUGAGAGAGAAUGUCAAGCAACCUCUGUCCCCCACAUUUCCAGGAAGGACAGCGGAGGAGGCUGUUCAUUUUGUCACCUCUCUUCAAAACCACAGAAGACUGAAUCCCUCUCAAGUUGAACAAUUUGCCAGUCAUGGUGGCCUGCCAACGCAUGUGGGACCAAAUCCCAAACUGACUGGUUUCGUCAGCAGCGAGAAGCUGCAAGAGAUCAUCCAGGAGCUGAGCAUGGAUGCAGUCAUGGAGACAGCGCUUCGAUUUCCAGGUCAGGCGUCUAAGACGUCAUCUCAACCGAAACUGAACACGUUGUCCCCUCUGUCCCUCUGCUCCUCUCAUUCUCUCUUCCAAUACCCCAGCAUCUCUCCAUACGCGAUGAGAAAACGUCGGCCUCCUUUUCACCCCUCCAGGAGAGCUUUGUCCUCUUCCUGCUUCUACACAGGCUCAGAUGUUCCCAUUUGUGAACUGAAAAGGGACACCAGUGAACACCAAAAUCCAGAUGAGACACAUUUUCGUGCUGAUUGCAGCGUCACUGAUUUAGACAAGUCAAUAGAGGAGAAAGAGGGUGAUAAAGAGGAAGAAGAGGAGGUGAAAAACUGUCAAAGACAUGCUUCGCGGUCUCACAACUGCCCACUCUGGCGUUGUGCUACACAGAACUGUUCACGUGAGCACGAUGUGGGAGAAGACGACAGCGGCAAGCAACGCCAUCGCUGCAUCAGAGACUCGAGUGGAUACUGGGAUUCAGACUCUAGCAGCUCCACAGAUUACUGCUACUACCAUCGUCCUUACUGUGAUUCCUGCCUGCAGCGGGGCACCUUUCUGUCCUCAGACAGCUCCUCAGACUCGUCUGACAGCGAGUACGAGGAUUACACCAACCUCUGUCGCCCCCCGCGGCCCGUUGUGUUUAAAGAUGACCUCAAACCUACUUUAGUAUGACAAAAUGUUUACUGCACUUUAUGUUAUUUAAUUAUUUCCACCACUUGAACUUUGAGUACUGUGAAGAAUUAUUUGCUUUCUUAUACAUUUUUGUUUGUUUGUUUCACUGAAAAGUUUCAGAUAAUUAAACACAUUGUAACGCUAGAAUAAACACAAAAUGCAUUUUUCAUAUAAUAAUUUUAUUUAUUAAAGGAGACAAACUAGCCACAACAAUCUUGCCAUAUGAGAAAGGUUCAUUUCUCCCUAAACCUACCUACUAGUUCCAUAGCUAACCUUUGCAGCAGCAACAGGCAUAAAAUGUUUGCUAAAUUUGAGAUUGGGUCUUUUUCAUCACUGUGAAGGAAUUUAUACCACUUUUUUUGCAGAGUACUUUUGAUCAGCCUCAUUCUAGGGUUUUCAAACAUGAGCAGCCAGUUUAAAGCCUCUUUGCACGAACUCAAUAAAAUUUAAGUUCAGUUAUUGACUAGACCACUGGGAAACUUGAACUUUUGCUUGCAGUGGGGGGAUAACUUUUGAGUUUAGUGUCAGAAAUUCAUGCCCAGACAUCCUCAUUUAGGUACAGAAUUUUAUUCAAUUAUGGCAAGUCAUCCAAGUCCCAAAUCAGCAAAGAACCAUAACAUCAAACCAUGGCCAUGUUUGGCUGUUGCUAUGAUGUACACCACAUGUAACUGAAACCACACCUUCCAAAAGGUUCUGUUCAGCUUGAAGUGCUGGAGUCCCAAAGUCUAAGUUGUAAGCCUUUCCAGACAGAUAAUAGACAGGAGCUUUGUUUUUCAUCUUCUUUAAACAGUCUUCAAAUGAAGAUAUUGUGUUUCUUAAUAUAUCCUGUCAGACUGGUUCUAUUUGAAUUAUUUCAUUAUUUUACAGGUCUGACACCAAUCAGGCCUGGGUGUGACUAAUAAAGCUGAAUCAUAUAAUCAGGUUAAUCAAAGUUUCUCAUGGUUUAAUGAAGCAGUAAAUUACAUUAAUAAGGAUAUGUUAUUUUGGGUACAAUAUUUAUGUAUUUAUUUAUUUUUGCCUUAAUCAAAACCAUUGAAAGUUCAAUUUAGUUAGGCUCUCUGUGAGUUAUUAAACUUUGUUUGAUGAUCUGAAACAUUUAAGUGUAAAAACAAACAAACAAAAAAAGUAGAAUAUAUA